AUGUUUAACUCGGAGGUCUUACCCGGCUCGCAGCUGCAGCCGCAAUUGCAGCAGCAGCAGCCACAGCAGCCGCAGCAGCCGCAGCAACAGCAGCAGCAGCAGCAACAGCAGCCUCAGCCGUUGGCUGAGACUGGUUCUUCUUCCAGUUACCCGCCUCCUUUUGGUAUAGAGGGUAUAUCUCCUUGCAGCGUUUCUCGGCGCCAGCUGCAGCUCCAGCAGCAACAGCAACAACAACAACAGCAGCAGCAGCAGCAGCAGUUUCCGCAGCAGCAGCAGCAGCCUUUGGAGUCUUUAGUGAAUGGUUCUACCAGCUUAAUUCGCGAAGAGAGCGCUUGCUCUGCUCCUGCUCCUCGUCCUCGUAGGCGAUUUUCUCGUAUAAAGAAGAAGGGGUCUGAAAUGUUAGAUGCAGCAUUUGCUCGUCACGGUAUGAUAGUGUAUGAUCAUGCUUGGAAGUUUAUAAUAGGGUUUGCUGUCUUAAGCUCUAUUAUGGCUUUGGGUAUAUUCUUUAGAAAGAAUGAAUAUGAUAUGUAUAAGUUAUAUAGCUACCCAGGGGCUCCAAGCCACAAUGUUCGGCAGCUGUUAGAGUCUACAUUUACACCUCAGCGUUUUAAUUAUUUCUUUGUAACAAGAGAUGAUAAUAUAUUAACAAAGGAGGGGAUGCAAGAGAUAAGUAAUCUAAUUACAGCAGUAAAACAAUUAAAAGUAACACGUGAUGAAGUAGUUGUAGAUGAGUAUGGAAAUGAACUAAAUGCAGGUGCGCAGACACCCGAAGACCUACCUCAAGUUCUAAGUUAUGAAGACUUAUGCGUAAGAGACUCGUGGGAUGAUUGCAGCAUAUUAUCAGUAUUAGAGUUAUAUUCUUCUGAAAGACAGUGGGGUAGGCCUCUUAUAACGCGUGACUGGCCUCUAGCAGUUAAUAUACACUCAAGAAAAGCGUUUCAUUUGGAGUCCUUAUUAGGCGAUAUGAGGGUAACGCAAGUUGUAGAUAGUGAAGGCCUGCAUAUACACCGUGUAACAGGAGCAGCUGCAUGCUUACUGCGGUUUGAUUUAAAAGGAGAUGUAUCUGUUGCACCAUACUCAGCAGCAUUAGAAAGAAAGAUAGAAGAAGUUGCUAAGGGUUUUAAGUCGGAAGGCUUUUCGCUUACAUAUAAACUUGAGCGUUCUAUAGCUGAUGAGUUAAUGCGUUCAUCUUCUAUGGGGCCUGCAGAGACAGUAGCAUUAGUAUUAGCAACUCUAACAGUAUUAUUCUAUACUGUUGUAGUUAAUAGCAGCACAAGCUAUAGAACAAAGACGAUACCUGCUGUUAUAUCUGUUGCUUCUACAUUAUUAGGCUAUGCAGGAGGCGCUGGAUUUAUAUAUUUCUGUGGGGUUGAGCAUACACCUCCUUCUGAUGCGACACCGUUUCUUGUCUUAGGGAUAGGUGUAGAUAAUGCAUUUGUUUUAUUAAACUCUUAUUGUUUGACGUUUCUUCAUGAUACACCUAGACAGAGAAUUAUUAGUACAGCUAGAGAUGCAGGUGUAUCUAUAACCAUUACUACUAUGACAAGUGUAGCUGCUCUUAUUAUCGGAGCUGUCUGCCCCUUCUUUAGCAUUUGUAAAUUUUCUAUUGUUACUGCGUUUUGUUUGGCUUGGUCAUAUAUACUAGCUCAGACAAUAUUCUUAGGUUGUUUAUCUCUUGAUGCUAGAAGAGAAGCUCAUUAUACAAAAAAAGCUAAAGCAGCAGCAGCAGCAGCAGCAGCAGCAGCAGCAGCAGCGGGAGCGGGAGCGGGAGGAGCAGCAGAGAGAGAUUUGCAUGCAUGCAAACAACUCAAUAGACAGAUGGCUAUGCAGCAGCAGCAGCAGCAGCAGCAGCAGCAGCAGCAGCAGCAGCAGCAGCUUCCGUCUUCUGCUUAUCAACAACUAUGUUCCCCCCAGAGUGCUGAUAGUAAUUCUUUUAAUAAUUCUGCUGCUUACACUUCACUUCAGCCGUUUGCAACAGUUAAUACUGCACAAAGAGUUCAAUAUGAAUCAGAAGAAGAAGAAGCAGCAGCAGCAGCAGCAGCAGCAGCAGCAGGACAGGCAGCGGAUGCCGUCUCCGGGUUUCCUCCUUCCCAGCAGCAACAGCAGCAGCAACAGCAGCAGCAGCAGCAGCAAAUGAACAAUAAGAGAGGUGUAUAUGAAGUGGAACCAGAAGAAUCUUCUUCUUCUGCUGCAGUAGCAGCAGCAGCAGAGUCUCAGCAGCAGCUCUCUGUAGAUAUGCUGUGGUGGAGAGGCGAUGUAGAUAUAACUUAUGAAAGAGAUAUAUUAAUAUCUUUAAAAAAACUCUCGACCUAUGAACUAGCCUCUAUAAUGACGUUCUCUAUGGAGCAUAAGUGGGAUAGAAACAGACAAACAAAGAGAAGAUAUUUAACUUCUUACUCUGCUGCAGCAGGAACAGCAGCAGCAGCAGCAGCAGCAGCAGCAGCAGCAGCAGCAGCAAAUGAACCUGCAGAAGAAAGCGAUGAAAAAUAUACAAAACAAAAACAUACAACACCAAUACGCAGCUUCUUUGCUUUUCUUCGCUUUAAUAAUAUAAAUAAAAAUUAUAAAAAUAAUUAUAAUAAACAAAACAUUAUCAAUGAAAAUCAACCGCCUAUCAGAGGCCCCUCCUUAGAAGCAGGGAAUCCCGAAGAAGAGCAGCAAAAUAACAGCAGCAGCAGCAGCAGCAGCAGCAAUGUGAAGCAAAGCCAAGCAGCACCAUUUGCAAUGCAUGCAAAUAAUAAUAAAGAAGCAGGACAAGCAGAAGACCUCUUAUUCAGAAACCCAGCAGCAGCAGCAGCAGCAGCAGCAGGAGCAGGAGAAGAAGACGAAGAGAAGCCUGAAGGACAAGAAGAGGCAGAAGAAGUUAACGAUAAAAACAAUGAUAAAGAAGCAGCAGCAAGCUCUGCUCGCAUUGUUUGCAUGCGCAGAGGACCGCCGCGAGAAGGAUAUAUGUUUAUUGAAGAGAACAAAUUUUUAAGAACUCUGGACAAAUAUAUCAAUGAGCCGAAAGGCAAUGUCGGAAAAAUAUACAGAAGGCUGCUAGGAAAAUACUACUGCAGGUUGAUGGGAAACAAGUGGAUUCGGCGUUUGGUGUUUUUGGGUUUUGCUGCUCUGAUUUCUGUCGGUGUAUUCGGCGUGACGAGGAUGAAGACAGGAAUUACAGCAGACGAAAUAACGCCUACAGAUUCUCAUUUGAUUGUAUGUGAAGAAGUUACUGUUUUCUUUCCACGCAAAGAUAAUUGGGCUUCAAAAGAAGUAAAAGAACGAAUAUUAGAGAUAAACGAUAAAAUGAAGUCUUCAGGAUAUGCUCUAGCUCUUUAUAACGGUAUGGCGAUGUUCUUAAAAGAAAAAUAUAACAGUCUGCAGGAUGGAGAUGAAGAUAUGUUCUAUGAGAUGUAA